AUGACUCCCAACAACUGGAUAGACAGGGCAGGAUGGAGGGAUAUAAGAACAGUUGCCAGAGCAUUGCUCUCGACGACCUCAAUCUGUUGGAUUGCGGCUUUCAUCGUCUUCUCUCAGUGUCUUUGGAUGUUCUACUCCCGCCGAUCAAAGAAGUUCCCUAGCGAGAAAGUAGAGAAAAGAGAAACACAGCGCAGCAUGUUCGCCCGCGUGCCCUUCCUCCUGUCGGCAGUCGCCAUCAUGGCGCUCUGCGCGAUGGCGAGGGUCGCAGAGUUCGGACGGCCGCUUGCAAGACAGUACUUGGCCUCGACCACGAUCAGCAGCAGCCACUCUCAAUUCACCGUCCCCGCGUCGGCAGACGAGGGAGCAUAUCUCAUUCCUACUAUUGAGGAUCCGGAGGCCAAGGAUCCACAGAGCGUCUGCCCGGGAUACACUGCUUCAAACGUCCAGACGACAUCUCACGGAUUCACUGCCAACCUCGAUCUCGCUGGUUCAGCCUGCAACGUGUACGGGAACGACGUCGAGGCUUUGACACUCGUCGUCGACUACCUGGCGACGGACCGUCUCCACGUACAGGUGCUGCCGCGAUACCUCGGCGCCGAGAACAACACCUGGUUCAUUCUUCCGGAAGAGUUCAUCCCGAAACCCGCUGCAGACGGAAAGGCGAGCUCUGAUGGGUCGGACAGUGAUUUGGAGUUCAAGUGGGCAAACGAGCCAACCUUCGGGUUCAAUGUGUCCAGAAAGAGCACUGGAGAUGUGUUAUUCACGACCACGGGAACGAAGCUGGUGUUUGAAGACCAAUUCUUCGAGUUUGCUUCGCCGCUUCCCGAGAACUACAACCUGUAUGGACUUGGCGAAGUCAUUCACGGCUUCAAGUUGAAUAACAAUCUCACCCGUACAAUCUACGCGGCUGAUGCUGGCGACCCAAUUGACCGGAACAUUUAUGGCUCUCAUCCGGUAUAUCUCGAUACCCGCUAUUACCAAGUCCACGCCGAUACCAAGGAGGCUGUCUACGUCGCCAACGCUACGGACAUGAGCGCUGACUACAAGUCAUACACCCACGGGGUUUUCCUUCGCAAUGCGCACGCCCAGGAGAUCCUGCUCCGAGAGUCCAACAUCACCUGGAGAGGCCUCGGCGGCACCAUUGACCUCUACUUCUACGCUGGACCGACUGCUGACGCGGUGAUGAAAUCCUACCAAAAGACCACUGUCGGGUUGCCCGCCAUGCAGCAAUACUGGACUUUUGGUUUCCAUCAAUGCAGAUGGGGCUAUACCGGCUGGGACAACUUGCAGGAGAUUGCCGAUGAAUUUGCCGAGUUUAAGAUCCCCCUGGAAACUCUCUGGGCUGAUAUUGACUACAUGAACCAAUACCGUGAUUUCGAAGAUGACCAAAACUCCUGGGGCUACGAGGACGCCGCGCGCUUCCUCGGCAACUUGCACAAGAACGGCCAACACUUUGUUCCCAUUGUCGACUCAGCCAUCUACGUUCCCAACCCGAAGAACGCCAGCGACGCCUACCCAACAUACGACCGCGGAGUCGAAGCCGACGCUUUCAUGCUCAACCCAGACGGAUCUCUGUACAUCGGCGCGGUCUGGCCCGGAUACACGGUCUUCCCCGACUGGGUCGGUGCCGUCUUUGGCCGGAGCAAGACGUUUGAGUGGUGGACCACCGAGAUGGUGAGCUGGUUCCAAAAGGUCGCCUUCGACGGCAUUUGGAUCGACAUGUCCGAGGUCUCCUCCUUCUGCGUCGGCAGCUGCGGCAGCGGAAACCUCACGCUCAACCCCGUUCAUCCCCCUUUCCAGCUCCCCGGCGAACCCGGCAACGAAGUCCUCCAGUACCCCGAAGGCUUCAACAAGACCAACGCCACCGAAGCCGCUGCCGUCUCCGCCGUUUCCGCGUCCCUGGCAGCCGCGCAAUCCACUCCCGCAGCUACGCUCUCGUCUUCGUCAGCCUCAGCAACUACGUCGACGACGUCGACGACUGCAUACCUGCGCACCAAGCCAACACCCGGCGUCCGCAACGUCAACUAUCCGCCCUACGUAAUCAACAACAUCCAAGGCGACCUCGCCGUCCACGCCGUCUCCCCCAACGCAACCCACCACGGCGGCACCCAGGAAUACGACUUCCACAAUCUCUUUGGCCACCAGAUCCUCAACGCAACCUACAACGCCCUCCUCUCCGUCUUCCCCGGCAAACGCCCCUUCAUCAUCGGCCGCUCCACCUUUGCCGGCUCCGGCAAAUGGGCCGGCCACUGGGGCGGCGACAACACCUCCCUCUGGGCCUACAUGUUCUUCUCCAUCCCGCAGGCCCUGUCCUUCAGCAUCUUUGGCGUCCCCAUGUUCGGCGUCGACACGUGCGGCUUCGAAGGCAACACGGACAUGGAGCUCUGCGCCCGCUGGAUGCAGCUCAGCGCCUUCUUCCCCUUUUACCGCAACCACAACGUCCUCUCCUCCAUCCCGCAGGAGCCCUACCGCUGGGCCGCCGUCGCCGACGCCUCGCGGUCCGCCAUGGCCAUCCGCUACGCCCUGCUGCCCUACCUGUACACGGCCUUUUACAAAGCCCACACGCUCGGCGACACCGUCAUGCGCGCGCUGGCGUGGGAGUUUGCCGACGAGCCCUGGCUCGCGGGCGCGGACAGGCAGUUCCUGCUCGGCCCGGCGGUCCUGGUCACCCCGUGCCUCGAGCAAGGCGCCAGCACCGUCGACGGCGUCUUCCCGGGCGUCGGCAAGGGCACCGUCUGGUACGACUGGUACAACCAGUCCGCCGUCACCGGCGUCUCUCCCGGACAGAACGUGACGAUUGACGCGCCUCUGGGCCACAUCCCGGUCUACCUCCGCGGCGGGUACGUCAUCCCGACGCAGGAGCCGGCCUUGACGACGAGCGAGAGCCGCGCGAACCCGUGGGGUCUGCUGGUAGCGCUUGACGGUAAUGGUACUGCUACGGGCAGUCUCUAUGUAGACGAUGGAGAGAGCUUGGAGCAGGAGGCUACGCUCACCGUAGAGCUCUCAUCUUCCGAUCGGUCACUAAAGGCCACUCCCUCUGGCGAGUUCAAAGACUCGAACCCUCUUGGAAACGUCACAAUUCUGGGAGUUCAGAAUGACGUUUCUGUUGUACUUCUGAACGAGAAAGCUUUGGAUGGAGAGAACUGGUCCUUCGACUCGGCUUCCCGCGUCCUCCACGUAACGGGCCUGCAGUCUCUCACCUCUGCUGGAGCAUGGUCGUCUUCGUGGGAGCUUACAUGGUCUUAG